GUGGAACCUUACCGAACCUCUAGCGGGUUUCGUCAUUCAUCAGUUGCCUUACGGCCCCACGUAAACCGCGGGUCCUCCUUCGUCACGUACCUCUUUCCAACUCUCGUGCCAGCCCUCCUGCUUUGGCCCAAGAGCUUGCUACCCGAACGAGCUUUUCCUACUUCAGCAACGAGAAAUUUGUUUUUCAAAGGUUGCCUUUGCUCUCCUUCAUACCAAGCACGUACAUACCCAGACCGCCCAAGAUGUACCGCUUCGACCCCAACGAAGCAGAUAUGUAUAACUUCGCCCGCGGCGGCCGGCGCCCCAUCAUCCAGCGAUUCGAUGAAUACUACCGAUGCUACCCCAUGGUCAUGGCCCCUGGCCCCGAGCGACCCGACCUCAACUACGGAUCCAAGAUCUUCCUGCCUCCGUCCGCCCUGGACAAGGUCUCGAAGCUACAUGUUCAGUGGCCGCUACUGAUGGAGAUUAUAAAUGGCGAGAAGGGAAAGCACUCGCACGCUGGUGUGCUCGAGUUUGUCGCGGAGGAGGGCAGAGCUUACCUGCCCCACUGGAUGAUGCAAACUCUCUCGCUUGAUGUCGGCGACAUGAUCCAAAUCAAGACUACCUCCCUCGAACUUGCCAAGCUGGUCAAGCUGCAGCCCCAGUCAACCAACUUCCUGGACAUCAGUGACCCCAAGGCGGUGCUGGAGAAGGCAUUUAGGAACUUCGCUGCUCUCACCAAGGGCGACGUCUUCAACUUCGAGUACAACGACGAAAUCUACCAUGUAGCGGUCCUCGAGGUCAAGCCUGAGACAGAAAAGAUGGGUGUUUGCAUGAUCGAGACGGAUGUCGAGGUUGACUUCGCCGCGCCAGUCGGCUACGUCGAGCCCGAGAAGCAGCAGAGGGGAAGCGGAACCAGCACACCUAGAAGUGUGCGUGGCGGUCUCCCGGCCGGCGGUUUGCUCCACAGCCAAGGUUCUAUGGCCCAGUCCAUCAAUUACAGCGCCAUUGCCCCGUCAGCAACCACGAACAUCUCCAGAUUCUACGGUGAGGGACAGAAGCUUAACAAGAAGGGCAGCAAGACGUCGACGCCGAAGCCUGCAACCCCUGUCGCUGGCGCUUCAGCCAACGCACCUGCUGUGCCCCUGCCACGCCGGACGAACGGACCCAUGCCCCUCCGUCUACCACCUAACAAGCUCUUCUUUGGCUAUGAAAUUAAGCCUGUCAAGACCGAUGCCGACAAGGAGCGCGAGAAGGAAGAGGCCAACCGCCCACAUUUUGCUGGUCAGGGACAAACCCUGCGAGGCAAGCGAAAGGGUGAGGCCGAGGAGAAGGAGAAGGCACCUGAGAAGAAGGGCGCCAACGAGGGACGCAGACUGGACGGCCGUGGUCCGAAGCCUCGCGGCAUUGAGUGAUCGGUUUCGGACAAUGAAUCUCACAUGAUUUGGGCGGACCAAUGGCGUUCGGGUACAGGCUGGGUAGUCAUUCAGGGCGCAUAGUUGUAAUUACGAGGGCCCCAUCGGGGACAGUCGAAUGAUGGUUAGAUUCCCGGAUAUGAAGAAUGAUCGCGAUCGCACGCGAGUGUCUCUCGCGUGAAACAUCUGAGG